UUGAAUAAUAGUAGAACAAAAUGGAUGAAAAUCAGAAAAAAAUAUGAAAAUGAAGAAUCUGAACAUUUUCAACCAAAUAGUGAUGCGUGAAGUAGGUCUGCAGAAUCCAAGGAAGCUUGCUGAACUUAAAAAGACUGAACGAGUCUGUUCCUUGCAUCUAUAUUCAGACAAAACGUUUGAGGAUAUUCAUACUGGUGGAGUUAAUUCACUGUCACUUUCUCCUGACAUAAAUGGAAAGAGAUAUUUGCUGUCUACUGCAUCAAGAGGAACUAUUGCAAUUCAUGCUUUGAAUGCUAGCGUUGGGAAGACUUGUAAUGUUAUUGCAAAAGUUGACCAAAGCUCACCAUACAUGCAUAAAUUGAAUGUCGAAACAGUUAGUUGGUACCCACACGACUCUGGAAUAUUUCUCUCAAGCUCUGUGGAUGGAGUCAUUAAAGUGUGGGACACAAAUACCUUGGAAUCUGUUGAAGACUUCAUAGUGCAAGACAUGGUCUAUCGUCAUCAGAUGUCUCCAAUUGCUACAUCACAUUCUCUUGUUGCUGCAGCUUGCAAAGACUCCAGGAUCUACCUUGCAGACUUGAAUUCCGGUUCAGCUUCACAUAUUCUCAAGGGACACCGAGAAGCUGUUCUCUCGCUGGCAUGGUCAACCAGGGAUCCGUUCAUUCUUGCGAGCGGCGGCUGUGAUAACAGGGUUCUACUUUGGGAUAUCCUGGCCUCGAUGCGAUGCUAGUUAGACCAACACAAUGGCAAACAGACAUCUGAAUUUGCCAAAUACAAAACUGCACAUAAUGGCAAUGUCAAUGCAAUGUCCUUUACAUCAAAUGGAUUGUAUUUAGUAACCUAUGGAACAGACGAUCGCGCCAGAUUGUGGGACGUUUCGAGUGGUCGAAACUGCCUGGUUAAUUAUGGUCGUAUACAUAAUUCUUGUAACAAAGGGAUUCAAAUAGCCAUCAGUGACACAAACAAAGAGUUAGCAUUCCUUCCAACUUCUUCUUGGAUUACAGCAGUUGAUAUACACACUGGAAAACAUAUUAUGAAAUUAAAAGGAGCUUAUCGUUUUGUAAAUUGCUGUGUCUAUGAGGAGAACUUUCAGGAGUUAUACAGUGGGUCAAAUGAUACAUUCAUUUUGGCUUGGCUGCCAAAAGGGAAGCAAGUUAAGGAUGAUGAGACCUGUGUUGAAUACGAUGAUGAUUUAAGGACAAAACACGGCCCCAGCGUAUACCAGGACACUUGGAGCAGUGACGAAGAUAAUUAAGUAAAACAUUAAUUAAUUAAUCUUUAUACAUACAGCUUAUUUAAU